GUGAGCUGCCCGAAAACCUCCGAACGAGAACAAAAUGUCUGAGCGCGCUGAGAGAGGAGUCGGUACCGGAGACGGUACCGGAGGAGUCGGUACCGGAGGAGUCGGUACCGGAGGAGACCCGCUGGAUCUCAGAGACCCGGACCGCUACCGGAGCGGACCGGAGGAGGAAGAGGACCCGGAGCGGCGGAGCACCGAGAGCACGAGCACACACAGAGCGGGCUCGUGCUCUGACAGUACGGGAGUUCAGAAGCGGAGAGGAAGAGAUGGACUCAAACGUUUCUACUGUGAGGACUGCGGCAAAUCCUUCACAAAAUCAUCAUCUUUAAAGAUUCAUCAGAGAGUUCACACUGGAGAGAAACCAUUCAGCUGUGACCACUGCGAGAAAGCAUUCAACUCUUUGAGUAACUUAAAAAUCCACCGACGUGUUCACACUGGAGAGAAACUGUACAGCUGUGAGCAGUGCGAGAAAGCGUUCAACUCUUUAAACAAUCUUAAAACCCACCGACGUGUUCACACCGGAGAGAAACCGUACAACUGCGACCAAUGCACCGCAGCUUUCACACAGUUGAGUACCUUAAAAGCUCACCAGCGCAGACACACUGGAGAGAAACCCUACUGGUGUGACCAAUGUGGGAAAAGUUUUACUCAAUUGACUCAGUUAAAAAACCACCAACACAUUCACACUGGAGAGAAACCGCACAGCUGUGACCAGUGCGAGAAAGCUUACACUACAGCGUAUGAACUUAAACGGCACCACCUUGUACACACUGGAGAGAAACCAUAUGGCUGUGACCAGUGUGAGAAAGCUUUCACCGCGUCAAGUGACCUAAAGAAGCACCUACGAGUUCACACCGGAGAGAAACCGUACAGCUGUGACCAGUGUGAGAAAGCCUUCACAACUUCGAGUCAUCUAAAAGUCCACCAGCGCAGUCACACUGGAGAGAAACCGUAUUGGUGUGCCCGCUGUGGCAAAACUUUCACUACAAUAGAUAACCUGAAAAUACACCAACAUGUUCACACCGGAGAGAAACCGUUCCGGUGUGAGCAGUGUGGGAAAAGUUUUACUCAGAGUAGUUCUCUUAAAGUUCACCAACGCGUUCACACUGCACCAGUUUGAUUCCAGAGCAAAGCUGUUAACUCCGGCCUCCCGUCCACACUCUGAUGUUUUUCUAAAAACUGUAGAAAUAGACAACAAUAACUGACUAUCUUCUGCCCUCCCAUGUUACAAAAUGCUCCCUUCGUCACACACUAUGUAACCAUGAUGCCACCCCUUUGCUGGAAGGAGUGGGUCACAAUCAGGCUGAGCUAAAGUUGCACAUUUGGGUUCUGUAAAGGUUCUGUUUUUAAGUUUCAAUCAUGGAAACAAGCAUACGGGCACAAGCUUAAUUUGCUCUCCCAGUUAUCCAUAAAUGGAUGUAGAAUCGCCCUCAAACAUCCAUUUGAUGCUCCACUAUAAAUCCUGCUCACUGUGUAUAGACAUAUUAUAUAUAUUCAUCUAUCUAAUCGAUAUCAAGUCCAUUUUUUGCAGUAUUUGUAUCGUUUAUAACGUGACUUGUAUAUGUUGUUAACAGCUGGUAUUUAGACUCACUGUGAUCAGAUCACUUAACUUGGGACUCAGUUGACCACAGAUCUUCUGUAGUGUAAACUCUAAUGAGUCCUGGUCCACACUGAAGGCCUGACUGGAUCAUAUUUGAGCUGUUUUACCUGCAGAGAUCAGCAGCAGAUGUUUCUACUGAUGGACUAGUAACCUCAACAUUACUAGAGUCCAUUACUUUAAUUACUUUAAAAUGUGGAAACAAUCCACAUUAAGUUAUUUUUUUACUUAUUUCCAAUGUGUUGGUCAGACGGCGGUCCAACGUCCUCUCUUGCGUCCACUGUGAGACACUGUUACUGUCUCUGACAUUAAUGUCUGUCUGCAUCAUCUGAGAGCUCAAACAUCACAUUUACACUCAGUCACAGGAAGGAAGAGCUCACUUAUAAAAUCCCACAAUGCACCACAGAGCGUCUCUCCUGCAGGCUGCUGAUAGCGGAGUAGGAGAGGACAGUGAUAAUGGACACUGACUGACAGCAGGUUACUGUCCUAUAGUCUUUAUUUAGAGCAGGAAGUGAGGUCACUGCAGACUCAUAGUGAUAGCAGCUGUAAACUGACUGUUGGUCAUUGGUGCUUUUUAUAUAUUAUCAAUAUAUUAUCAAUCAAAUCAGUUCAUAUGUAUAAAUAAAUACAUUUGUAUCGAUACUUUCAUACAAAAAGUGGCAGAAACAUAAAUACUUGUACUACUAAAAACGACUUUCUGCCGCCUGACCGAAUCAGUUCAAUUCAGCUUUAUUUGUAUAGCACCAAUUCAUAACAGAAGUUAUCUCAGGACACUUUUCAAAUAGAGCAGGUCUAGACCGAACUCCUUAUAGCAUACAAAACAAAAAGACAAAUAAGUCUGAUUGACAAGAACUGUGACACGGUUUACAAAAAAAACGUUGUAAACUUUUCAAGUAAAAAGGCGAGGACUGGCGGUCGACCUCAAGAUGUUAGUGUCAGUGUUUACAGCUUGAGCACUUGGUGUGGAAGUUAAUAUGCACACAGGCUGUUCUCAGUGGACUUAACUCUUUUCAGUUAGUAUGUCAGUCAAUCAGCUGAUAUUGAUCUAUCAUAUAGAUAUAUAAUAUUAUUCAUAACACGUUCUCAACCUUUUAAGUCACAACCUCCAGAAUAAUCAGGAUGGUGUUUGUGAAUUCUCGUCUGCUCGAAACUGUUCAGGGAUCAUUUACAUUAAUAAAAUCUUUUUGCAAAAUUGCAAAAGUCUCAAAACCUACUUGUUCGAGCUCCAACGAGGCGGUGACUCUGACCUUUGCAGGUUUUUUGCAAGUUAUAAAUAAACAACUUCCUGUAGCGUUCACAGGAAACAGGUUCUUACUAAAUUCUAAAUGGAGAUUAUUAAAAAGGCGCAGUUCAAUGCCGUCUUGUUGCAUAAUGACAAAAAAUGUGUUUGCCAUGAAUUCAGUGACGGAUUGCAAACUCAUUGCAUUAUUGAAGUGUUUUUUUUAAUAAAUCUGACACUGAUGGUUCUGUGCUGUAUUUUAUUUUUGUUGGCUUUUUCUUUUUCUACCAAAAUGUCAGAAGAUUCUUUAAUAUUAACUUAAAUAUUUCAGUUGGUACAUUAAUGCCAAAGUUUGAGAACCAGUGGAGUUCUUCUCCCCAUCGGACCCCCAGGUUGAAAGCCGCUGCCAUCAGCAUUAUUAAUAGUGUCAGUGUGAGUGAUGGAUAUCUUUUUAUUUUACAGCCCAACAUGAGCGAUAUGUUCACUGCAGUUAUAUCACAUGAUGCUGUCAGACGUUAUAACACAGUUGUUCCUCACUCAGCUCAUCAUUCAGUCCUUUAACUGAAAUAUCAGUUUUAUAUUGAUCCUUACUGUGUUUAUUAAACAUAAAUCACUAGUUGAUAUUUUACUGUCUCUUAUAUUCUACUAUAAUUUGAAUUGUUAUACAUUUUCGUUGUUUUUCAUAUUCUUGUAACAUAAAAGUAAUUUUACUUUUUAUUUAUCUUUGUUUAUAUCUGAUAUUUCUGUGUAAGAACAUUUAGAUCAAUGAGAAUUAACUCCUUUAAUGUGUUCACACACUCGACCAAUAAAACUGAUCAUCUGCCAA